UGGAGGCUGAAGGAAGAAAGGAGAAAGGCGGCUUGGGGACUCUUCCAGCGGCCAGGCCUCUCGUUCUCCUCCUCCGCCACCCUUCUCUUUCCUCCGCCCGCCUCGUUUCCCUCUUCCUGACGUCAGGGCCGCCAGCCAGCCAGCAGAGGCUGCUCCCCGCCUCUCAUUGUCAGGAGGAGCCCCAGCACUGCAGCCCUCGGAGCGGACCGGAUCCAAGCGGGCCGCCGCCGCCGCCCCCCCGCUUCGCGGAGUGGGGGCCCCGGGGUUCGCCACUGCCGCAGCCCAAGGCCGGGAAACCCCGGGCUGCUGCUGCCGCCGCCGCUCAUCAAGAAAGUCCUUGGCGGACUCAGAUUCUUCGUUUCCCGGCUAAGUUCCUUAGGAAAAAGGUGGCGGAUUUGGCGGGGAGAAGGAGGUGCUGGUCAUCUUCCCAAGAGGCUUAAUGAAACAAAUAGAAGAAUAAAGAGUUUAAAGCUCCAUUUCCUCACUCCCAUCUGAAGAACCGGGGGGGGGGGGAAGAAGAUGACAAACAUGGCGGAUUAUUCGGCUUAUAAAGAGACGUCGAAUCGCCAUUUACGUUUCAAGCUUCAGAGUCUCAGCCGCCGCCUUGAUGAAUUAGAGGAAGCGACAAAAAAUCUGCAGAAAGCUGAGGAUGAGUUGCUAGACUUGCAGGACAAAGUUAUCCAGGCAGAGGGCAGCAACUCCAGCAUGCUGGCCGAUGUGGAAGUUCUGCGGAAAAGAGUCCUGAAAAUUGAAGGGAAGGAUGAGGAGAUCAGGAAAGCAGAAGAGCUUUGCCAGCUGAUGAAGGAGAAACUCGAGGAAGAGGAAAGCCUCACUCAAGAGCUGAAAUCCGAAAUCGAGCGGCUUCAGAAGCGAAUGGCGGAGCUGGAGAAGCUGGAGGAGGCUUUUGGCCGGAGUAAGAAUGACUGUACUCAGCUGUGCCUCAGCCUUAAUGAGGAGAAAAACCUGACUAAGAAAAUCUCAACGGAACUGGAAGUUCUUAGGGCAAAAGUAAAAGAACUUGAACAAUCUGAAGAUAGGCUGGAUAAAACUGAGCAGAGUUUAAUGAGUGAGCUGGAAAAACUGAAAUCGUUAGCUCUUGUUUUUGUUAACGAAAGAAAACACUUCACUGAAAAGGAGAAGCAGAAUGAGAAAUUGAUUCAAGAGCUGACACAAAAGCUUGAGCAAAAUAAUAAACUGAAUCGGGCAGAUCAAACACGAAACACAUCAAACCUCCUGGAAAGAUCAUCCAAUAGUAUUCUCGAGAGAAAUGACCUCAGGAUUGAAGUUGACUUGACGACUUCCACACUCUCUUCGAAAGAAACCAGAAGAAAAGGGAGUUUGGACUACCUAAAGAUUGUGGAAAAUGAAACUCGGAACAAAUCAGAAAAUCAGAAGAAUAAAAAUCAAGAAGACAACAAAGUGAAGGACCUCAACCAAGAAAUUGAGAAGCUGAAGACUCAAAUCAAACACUUUGAGUCUUUAGAAGAAGAGCUCAAAACCCUGAGAGCUAAAAAUAAUGACCUGCACGAUAACUACUUGAGUGAGCAGAACAAAAAUAAGCUCCUCAUGGACCAACUUGAAGAAAUAAAAAUGCAGAUGAAAAAGCAAAAAGAGCUGGAGAAUGGUGAGGCAGAAACAGAGGAAAUUAGUUUACCUAACCGAGUGAAGCAUGACAGACUUAAACACCGAGCUGUUACAGCCGAGUCAGCUGUUUCAAAGCACAAGUCUCAGGAGCUUUCCCCUCAGCACAGGCGGGAGAGAAUACGCAACCGAGAAUUCUCAUUUAAUAACGAGAGCUAUGGCCAAGGUAGCAAGCAGGUCACAAGCCCUAAUCUAAAUAGCAGGAGAGCAGCCAAAGCGCCUAGCACAUCAGCAUUACUGGACAAUUUAGCAACUGAUGCUAAACAAAUGGAAGACAAAUCAACCCUGGGCAUGCAUUUUUCCUCGCAGAAAGACAGUGGCACCCCAUCAGCCGAAGUGAAGAAAUCUAGAGAGCAGCCAUCUGUGCUUAGUCGUUACCCACCUGCAGCACAGGAGCACAAGUCUUGGAAGGCCACUUCAAAACCCAAGAACGAGAGUGCAUUGAGGAGUAAAGUAGAAAAAGCCUCCCAACUGCUGAAUGACACUCAUCACUGUAAGUCUGAUGGACGUGAAGAUAAGCCCAGCAAAGCAGAAACCUCUGCCUCAUCUUCUGAAAAGGGAAUUAAGAUGCAACGUGUAGAACAGCCUGUUCUUUUGACAGAGUCUCAUUUCUCAAAAGUUAAUCGGGGGGCAUCCAAUGGAGCUGCUUCGUCCUAUAGGCGUUAUCUGUCUGCAGAGACACUAGCUGCUGAACCCACCAGCUCAAAAACAGAAACCCCAGCAUCACUCUCAUCUCGCAAGCAGCACUUGGAAGAGAGCUCUCUAAAGGCAGUUAACUUCCAGGAAAGAGAGCAUAUACAUGCUCCCCUUGAAAUGGUUAAACCUUUAUCAAAGUCUUGGCUCAUUUCAAGAAGUCAAGAAGAUCUCCUGCAGAGUCCCUUAGAUCCUCAAAAGGAAGAAAUUGAUCAGAUCACUGCCUUAGCUGUAAACUCUGACAAUGUGGGUUUAAAAUCCACUUCUGCAAGAGCCAGAGCUAUCAAUGCCAGCAGCCGUGAAAAAUUCAACACCAACAAGGAGACAAGUAAAAUGGCAACCACUCCUGCUACUGUCGACUUAGGGUUUAAAAAGGAACCUGCUUCUAGAGAGUUUACAAGCUCCAAGGGAGCUUUUAGGACAUCCCCCUUUGAAAAUGAUAAGAAUACUUGCAGUGAGGAAGAGCUCAGCAGAUCCUCCAGAACGUCUUCAGCGGCCACCGUCACGGGGUUGAAAUCCAGAAGGCAAUUUAGUCCAAGAGAAGCGCUGAGAUCUAAAGCCAUCAUCAAGCCAGCAAUUGUGGAGAAGGAUGUGAAGGAAAUCAUGGGUGGUACAGGGCCAGAAGCCAACUCUGAAAAACAGCAGCCUGUCUUUAAGACUAUAUCCCACAAAAUGACAAGUAGUAUCACCAUUUACCCAUCUGAGCCAGUUACUCAAAGGACCAGCGUGAGUGAAGCCACAAAGGAACAGCAGCACGUGUCCGCCAGCAACAUUAGAGUAAUUCCGAAUGAGGUUUCAAUGGGAAUGAACGUGACCAGUACACCUUAUGAGAUAUCAAUUAAUAAGAGUAAUAUAACUCUGAAGUUACCAGAGACGGAGAAAAAUGGGGAGUCCACUCCGAGAAGCAGGGUGGAAACGAUAGUCUCAAAAAGCAGCAUUACAAUAAAAUCUUCUGAAUGUAAUGAGAAGAACAGCGAACCACCCACGGAGACGAUCAACUGGAAGAGCCACGGGGCUUCAGAGACCAACUCAUCCGAGGCCAAGCACGUCACAGUAAGAAGCGGGUGGCGAACACGGCGGGGUUUGCAGUCUCUGGAGGACUCUGCAACGAAAGCGGUUGAAAAUUCAACCCCUCGAAAUCCAUAUAGGUCAUCUACGGACCCUUCCAAACCAGACGGAACUAGUGCACGCAUAUAUGCGAUUGAGCAGAAUUCCAGAAGGGCCAGUGCUGGUAUAAACUCUUGGAACACUCCAGAGUUAGACUCUAGAAGGACCAAAAGUAGCUUAAGUGCAUCCGAGAUGCUUAGCCAGAAGAGCUGCAUUAGUGACCCUGUGACAACUUCUCCUUGGAAUUGCACAGUAUUACCAGAAGAAAACAAAGAUUUUGUUCCCAGUUCCAGAAGAAAACCGUUUGGCUCCUCCGAGCAGCUCGCCUGGGCUGGCACCCCAAGGAAGAGGCCAGAUGCUAAGCUGGAAACACCACGCCAGCUGUCGGGCAGCAGGACUGAGGAGUGGAGGCGUUGGACCAAAGGGUACUCAGAAGACAACUGAGCCGGCCGAGGGGUCUUCCCCCUCCAGUUGCGUGAUCUACAGAAGCUGAGCUUCAUUUUUCUCUCUACUCUGGGCUUCCCUGCAACCAGUCCAGCACAGGGACAUGUACAGUGCCUGACAUUUAACCCUUUGAGCACUCAAGGUCCUUUCCCCUCCCUAGCCUUGGGUGGAUUAAAUUUUUUAUUAUUAUUAUUUUAAAGGUGGCUUUGUGUUUUCCUUCUCCUCCCUGGAGAAGGCUGCAGAGGCUUUGCUCAGGGUAAUCCCACUCUGUAAUCUUACUGAGCUUGGAUCAACGGUAACCUAUGACUGAUAACCGACUGCGUCUCUCGAGAACUUGGGAUCGAGUUGUACAAGCCCAUGGGGCGGACAGCCGUGACCUCUACCUUCUGCUGUCCUGUUUCCUGGAGAAGCAAGAAUGUUUGUAACCACUGCAGAGACACACCUGUUUGCAGGAUCUUGAGAGCACAGAAGCACAGAGCAGCGUAUCAAGAGUUUCCAUUUUUCACUGUGGAUUUUUGCUGUUCUGUCUUCUGAAAGAAGUUCACACUAAACAUGGAUGCCGCGUAGACAGGUCCCACAAGUACUGUCCCUGAGAUGCAGCUCCAGAAGGGAUGGUGCAAGGAGAGGAAUAACACAGGCCAGGGACCCCACUUCCAAGGUCAUUGCGUCACAUCAACCAUAGCUCUCUCCCAGCAUACCUGCACUGCAGUGGCUUGGCCACUUGUAAGGAACAUCUGCCAGCGUCCAACACAUAAGCAAUAAACUGAAAUGCACCUGUUUCAUCCAUCUCUCUCUCCGCAGGCUGGGUCUGAGGAAGCAGGCCCCUUUCCCUCCCCGGCACUCAAGUCCUUGCCUGCGAAAGCCUUUGAACCUUUCUUUGCCUGCAAGACUUGCAAGAUCCAGAUGUGCAGCCUUUGGUUGGAACUGAUCAGGCAGAGCAGGAAACCUCACUAACACCUUGAACCCAGUGUCGUCCCAGUGGAAGCAGCAGGCAGAGUGCUCCCUGGGGCCCUGUGUGCUUGGAAGAGCCUUCGCUGCAUUACUUGAACUAACAGUUUGAGGCCUCAACGUGGACUGCAUUGCUCCUUGUGACUGGGUCAGCCAUUGGGAGUUUGGACUCAACCUGCCAGAGGGGAAGAAGCACCUCCUUUGUUCAGCACCUCAACACAUCCUGAUUGGGGGCAGGGCAGAGGAAUAUUCCUUUAUUUCUGCUACCUCACUCUUCACUUGUUUGGGCAGAGGGACUAGUGGAGACUCCUCCAGAGACAUUGCCCUCUUCCACAGCUGAGUCAGUGGACAGAACAUUGAACCCAUUGGUGUCACAACAGCUGUGCACCUAGGUCUGGUCGUUCUCAGUGAGUUUGGCACAUAAGGCUUAGAUGCUGCUGUACUGUCAGUGUUCUUCCUCACCUCCCCCAGUUUGCAAUUGAGAGACUCACAGGUUGGCAUAUUUCGAAUAACUCUCUUAGAACAGGUGGGGAACCUUUGACCCUCCAGAGUUUGUUGGACUCUCAGCAUCUAUCAGCCAGCAUGGACAAUGGUCAGGGAUGAUGGGAGUUGUAGCAACAUCUGGAGGCCAGAGGUUCAUCACCCAUCUUAGGGUCUGUUCACACACAGAUGUGCAUCACGUGAUGACUUGCUGAACAAGUAAACCAACAGCCCUGAAAAGUACUGGUGGGGUAAAAUAAUCGUGGGAGGUAAUACAAAACUUAUCUGUGGUGUUUAAAUCUCUGGGCCACCAUUCACACAUGCAACAACACCACUUGAUGCACCGGUCAUCAAGCGACAAACAUGCAUGAGUUGAAAAGGGUCCUUUGAGGAUCAAACCACUUGGUAUUUCAGCAAACACUUGUUUGCCAAUUAACAGCAAGGUAUUUGCCAGGAAGGACCAAUAACCACCUCAUCUAGACACAGACACAGGAGUUCAAAUGGGUAGAAAUUUUAGCCUGGAAAUAGCAGAAUCAUUGGAUGGAGAAUCACCCAUCUGUCAGUUCUUCCUUUCCCCCACAUCAGUGUUAGUAUGCUUAAGCAGGAUGGGCAACACUGUCUGUGUUCCAAUAUUUGUUCUGUCCAAAGGCCUGCAGCAAAAGCUUGUCUAACAUUAGAACUUGGACUUUUUUUUUUAACUCGUAGCUCAAUGGAAAAGAUUUUACAUGCUGCCCGCACAUUCCAUUGCCAGUCCAUUUGUGGCUUCCAUCUUCAUUCUUCUCAGGAAGGUGUCCAUCUUGCACCCCAUCUCCAAUUAGCCAAAGCCAUGGCAGAGAGCAAAGCAACACUUUGCUUUUCCUUCUCAGUCCCUCUCCCUCCAAGCAAAGGUUAAAAAAAAAACCCCACCAGACAUAAGCUGGAGACAGCUCAGUUGCAAUCCCCAUGAAUAGGAAUCAGGAACAAAGCAACUAUUUUAAAAGGUAAGUGGUGAGCUUUCUAGUGGGCACUAGAGAUGCAUCACCGCAUGCGCAUUCUCUCUUGUGCUCAUACGUACACAGAUGAGCCAGGUGCUGCCUACAACUGUGUUGCAAAGCCAAUAGCAUGGCUGACCUGGGAAUUCAAAUAGAAAGCUUGGCUUAGAAAAAACACCUGGCAUUCACUUCUUUGCCUUUUUAACAUUGUGAGCCUUUAGGAAUAAUAACUUGAGGUUCACUGCAGUUUCUAUUCCAUUCCCUAACCCACCAGUUUUCAAUUUAGCACAGGUUAAAAAAAAUGUUUUACUGAUGUUUUGGAUGUGAGAGGCACAGAAUAUGGACAGUGGUACCUUUUAUUGGACUAAGUGAUUAAAAAUGCUUGCAAGCUUCCAAAUAGGGGCUUCAAACAUAAGCAUCUGAGUCUUUUUUAAAAAAGGUUUACAUGCCCCUGGUUUGGCUAUUGAUGCUAUAAAAGGAAUCACUGUUACCCACUGUUACCUCGCAGAGUUGGGUAGAAGGGUGUGUUCCAUUUUUUAAAAAAAUUGUCCAAAUUCUGCUAACAAAAACCAGAUUUUGAAACCUGUAUGAAUUAUUCACAUUUUCAUGAGUUCUCCUGCUGGUCACUGGGAAGGUCAGUGGGCUGUAGAAGACACAAAGGCCAACUAAUAAGAUCAUAUCAAGUAUUGCCCACACACUUUCACAGUUCUGAGAUCCAGAACAGGGGUUCCCAAACUUUAGUCUGCAGACCACCAUGAGCUUCAUUCAGGUGGCCCAAGAUGUAUCUGUAGACUUGUGGUUACAGAUAGGAGAGGAUACCUCCAUAGCAUUAAAUAGUCAUACUGAUUUUUAAUUGUAUUUGUAUUGCUUUGUAUAGGUUGUAUCUUAUUGCAUUACAAUUUGAGUUCUAUGGAAUUCUCAUUAUAAUACAAUAUAAUACAGUAUAUAAUAAAAGCAGCAAUAAAAAUAGUUUAAAAUCACACAGCAUCUGGCACAGCAAACUACAGUUGCUGCAAGUGGUCUGCCAAGAUCCUCAGCAAUUCUCCAUUGGUUCAUCAGAAAAAAGUUGGGCACCCCUGGUCUAAAACCUUGUAUUUCUUGUUCCAGGGUUUGGAACAUGCAAUCACAGCCUUUUCAUAGUCCCACUUUCAUUCACAAGCUAUUCGCAUGUCACAGUGCCUCUUUCUUGGGGGGCCAAUUCACACAGACGAGUUAGGAUAAGAGUGAUGUCACUCGUUGCUUCCGUUGAUGGGUAGUCAGUUUACAUAAAGAUCUCGGUCUCAGCAAUAAGUAAAUUGUAAGCAGCCAUUUUGAAUUAACAAUCCCUGCAUGCAGAAAUGGUGUCCGUCCAGCGGUGAAACAGAGGCUUGUAAAUUAAUCCAAAGCAGAGUGGUUGGUUUUUUUGUUAAACACACAAAAAAAGCCAUUUUGUUGUUGAUUCAAGAAAGCACUUUAGCACCUGAAAUGUAAGUAAUUCCAUUCUUCUCAGGUUGGAUGCAACACAAAUGUUGGAUCUCAGCCUACUUGAAAACUAAAGCAAACCGCCAGCAAGGGUGUGUGCUGUGUGGCUAUCUGAGCCAUUCUUUGGCUGGGUCAUAGAUGCCUGUAAUUUCCUGUUAGGUGCAGCAGCUCCAAGACCGCUAAGUUCCCAAGUGAUUGAUCACUCAGACAUGUUUAUGUGGAAACAAGCUCCUUUUGAACUUGCUUACUGGUAAUUGUACUUCAGACAGCAGCCUUCAAGGGCCAUAGCUCAGUGGGAGAGCAUCUGCCUUGCAUGCAGAAGGUCCCAGGUUCAGUCCUGGCAUCUCCAGGCAGGGCUGGGAUGUUCCCUUGCCUGAAACCCUGGAGAGCCACUGCCAGUCAGUGUAUGCAAUAUUGAGCUAGAUGGACCAAUAGUCUGACUCUGUAAGGAAACUUCCUGUGUUCCUAAAUAGGUAUUUUCCCCUCCCUGCAUGAUGAAAUUGCACCCAUUUUCAUUGUGCCUGUUCAGGCAGUGAUACUUGAGUGCCCUUAGAAAAACCCUGCCCCUGAUUUUCUAGUGCAGAAGAAGCCCCACACCAAGAACGACAAUCAGGGUUUUGUUUGUUGUUUGGUCCUCUUAGAAAGAUGACGAUCAACAUUCAACACUUCACAGCUUUUCACAGGAUCAGGAAAAUGCUUAUCCCUCAGAGCACUCCAUUUAUGUGGAGCUACAAGGCUAGGGGGGUAUUCACUUGAAUUCAUUUUAUUCAUAUGUUUAAUCACACACAGAUGUUCUUAAUGAUGCUUGUGGAUGCAUCCAUGGGCACCUCUUUCUCCAGGGAUGAGUGCUCAGCUGGAUGAUGUACAAUGCACCUGAGAAAAGGAAAAGGUUUGGUAUUGAAGCCAGACACUGGGGGGAGGGGGGAGAGAGGAGAACUGUCCUUUGUGCCUAGGCAGGUAAUAGCGCUGAAGACAGUGCUGGCGCCUUUUCCUUGUUAAAAGAGCAUAGCAAAGUAGCACAUCUUCAUCUUGCUGGGGAAGAAACAAGCCUUUCCAGCCAAACAGCCCAGGAUCUCACAAAAAGGGCAAAUCAAAAGGCCUCAAGCUAUGGUUUUUAGGCCUUUAUUUCUUAGAGGGGGGGAAUGUGUGGGCUGUCCAGCUGUUGCUGAACUACAACACUACAUGACCAUUGGGCCAUACUGGCUAGGGCUGAUGGGCGUCCAACCACGGCUGGAAGGCCAUAGGUUCCCCAACCUCGUCCUUGAACAUACUUGAACAGCUAGGAAGAGAAGUGAAUCUUUACCUUCAGAUUAGUUUGGGAGCUUUUUUAACAUUAACGCCUGGCCUUGUUUGACCAAGGAGGCUGCCUCUGCUUCUGUAACAGGACUCAGUGGAUGAGGUAGUUGCCUCCUUUCUGUGGGCACAUUAUGAAGUUCCCAAAAGUGCAGAAACCCCCAAAAGAAAUGAAUCUGACCUUAGUUAUUUUAGCUAGUUUACUGUUUCAGGAUAGAGGUUCCCUAUGCUUUCUGUUUUUCAGUCCCAGCGUCUGUCAAUAGUCUGAACAUUUCACUAGGCAUAGAUAAUGAAUGUAAAUAUCCAUUUCAGUAUCGUUUGGGGCUUUAUUUGAUUGAUGGGCUCAUAAAGAGGAUUAUAAAACCCUACAGAGACCUUAACCCUGAGUGCAAUAGGAGCUGAUUGUAUUAUUGAACUAACAGUGAUGAGUUCAGAAAACAGACUGUUUGGCUCAAGUUGCACACUUUAAAAUGAAACAGCUGUAAAGUGUAUUUGUAAAUAUUUGCCAGCAUUUUGGCAAGUUAAUUUUUGUUUUAACUGUAGCAUAUAAAUACAGUAGGAAUCCCCCAGGGAUUUUCUAAUGCUGAAAAUUUGUGUGUAAAAACAAGGGGGGAAAUCCAGUGUUGUAAUUGUAUGUGCUGCAUGUGAGAAUUCCUUUUUAUAUUAACAACAAAAAAGCAACUUCUUCCCACUGGAGGUCAGGAGAAUUGUCCUCACGUACAGGCUGCACCAGCGUCACAUAGCCUAAAUAAGCUCUGCUCCUUCGCCUUCCUUCAUUGCAAAAAGUGAAACUGCAGCUCCUAUGAAGAGUCAGAUAUCCUAGCUUGGUGAUAGAGCAGAUAGAUGCUUUGCGUGCAGACGGUCCCAGAUUCACGAAGCCUUGAGAGAGAGCUGCUGCCACUCAGCUAACAAUAAAUACUUGAGUUCAUGGCCCAGUACAAGGUAAUGCCAUACAUUCCUUAGAGAUGUCUGAGUGCCAAGAAUCUUAGGGUUUUAGCCAUAGUCAGAAGGGAUCGGUAUGUAUGCAAUGGCAGGACAUGUGUCGUUUGCAGGCUUUGAAUUGGUGCCCUCCUAAAAAUACGUAUGAGAUUGGAGAGGUCACACAGAGAUGCUUACUUGAUGCCACCCAUUUCCCCUGGGCAUCAGUGGAAGAAGAGACAACAGGAUUUUGCUGCUUCAGUUGAAACCCCAACUUGAUAUCCAAAGAGGGAAAAGGGGUGAAGGUACUGCUGUGCAGGGGCCAUCCUUCCUCCCCUUUCUCUUUCCUCUUGGCUAGAGACCAAAGGAUUUGCUUACCCUUUCUGUGGCUGUUGGGAGUACAGUAUACGCCUUCCACGUCUGCACAAAAGGGAAGGCAUGUUGGGUCUUCCUGCCAUUUAUAACGCUUGAGAAUCCUUCAGAUUGUGUGGAAUGUAUUUUUAAGAGAUGAAAAUAUAUUUUUUCUAUUUGCUAAUGUUAAGGCUGGGUGGAAAGGGAUUGUUGAGUCCUUUCGUGGUGUGCUACAGGCAGAGGAGCAUCUCCUGCCUUACAUUCCCUCGCUUUCAGGUUAAGAGAAAGCAAGUGCAAUUUAGCAAAGUGUGUUCCGAGAUCCUCAUUUGCCAGCCCCUCCUGAACCCAGCAAGGUACCAGCACUGUCCCAAUCACUCCACCCGACUCAAAAGGAAGCACUGUGGUGCUAGCAUGUUCAGUUGGGGAAGGGCCUUGCUCUUUCACGUCCCUAACUUGCCUGCACACUGGACAGCAGGUGGUGCUAACCUGCCAGUCAUACAGAGCAACAAGUCUGCAUGCUAGGUUUAAAUACAAACAUUUGUCCGCAUGUUAUCUUCUGACUAAUGCUGUCUGUUCUAC